CUCCGUAUAAACUCGCAGAGCUGAUAGAGACCAGCAUCAAUCGAACAGCAAUCCCUAAAGGACUAGAACCUCCCAGCUAGAACAUCCCUUUGGACCCUCACUGGACACCAGCAUGAGCUUCACAGCGCCACUUCUCAUUGUUCUCUGCUGGAUCAGCUCAUCUUCAGCUUCUUUAGGUUCUGAUCACCUUCCCAAAGCCAAGAAUGUGACCUGGACGUCACUCAACUUCAAAACAGUCCUCCAAUGGGGACCGAAACCCUCCAACCACAGCUACACAGUGGAGUUCUCAAGAGUCGGUAAAAACAGACAGACGAAUCCGCACUGCAUCCGCAGCCUGGAGACAGUGUGUGACCUCACCAACGACCUGAAGGACCUGAAGGCUAUCUACACCGCGGACGUCCUGUCUGAACACCUGCCGGGUUCCAGCUCCGACCUGUUGGAGCUGCCGUUCACUCAGUCCAAAAAAUUCUGCCCUUACACCGACACUCUUAUAGGAAAACCUGAGUUCACCAUCAAGCUGGACGAAAAUAAAAUUGUGAUCCACAUUCGUGACCAGCUCACCGCUUUAAACAGAGACGGAAAUGUGCUGACCAUCAGGGACGUUUUCAAAGGAGACCUGAAGCACAAGAUUUCCUACUACAAAGCCGGAAGCACCGGGAAGAAGGAGAAGAUUGUGGAUGGUGAUGAGGUGGCGAUGAGUGAACUGGACAAAGGUCAGAGCUACUGCUUCAGCGUAGCGGCGUACAUACCGUCACGGAAAGGAAACAAACGGCUGGGAAAGUGGAGCCUCCCGAAGUGUUCCCCAGCAGGGGGCAGGAGCCUCAUAGACGAGUACGGCCUGCUGACCAUCGGCACUGCGGCGCUGGUGAUCGUCACUCUGCUGGUGAUUGUGGUGAUCAUGACGGUGGCCUGCUGCUGCAGACGGACGCAGAAAGGGAAGCAGGUGGACGACAGUGAGGUCAUCGCACACGUUUAGGAGACUCGGACUGGAUGCUGCACCAUCCAUGUUUCCAUGAAACGUUCACACUACAGGAUAUGUCAUACAUAUCUGACAUCAGUAACCCAUCAUAGCCGCAGGAGUGACGGAGAGGAGGUUCAGGAACGACGGUGUAGUUCUAGUUCCAGAAAAGCUCAGACUUUUAUAAAUGAAGACGGCAAAAAAAGAAGAUUUAUAUGAAUAUUUAUAUUUUAUUUGAAUGUUAAAAGUUGUUUGGUUGUAAGUUUUAAAUAAUUGAACUUAUUUAUUUAUUUAUAUUUGUAUAUUAGCUCACAGUUUUACUGGACAAGAUUGUUUAUUUUCUUACGGAUCUUCAUGUGUAAAAGUAUAUUUUAUAAACUAUAUUGCGAAUAUGAAAGCACUUAUUAAAGUAUCAGUUUCAAUAAGAGCCAUUUUUCUGUUUAUUAAACACAAAUAUUUCUGUCUUAA